AUUUAAACAAUAAACUUAUCUACAUUUUGAUGAAACUGAAUUUUAGAAAUGCAUAUAUGUAUAUGUUAAUUUUAGUUAGUUAGUUGAUAGUUCAAUCGCAUUCAACGUUAACACGCACAAAUACACAAUCUGAUCCGAAUAUGAAGCCAUUUACAAAUGAAAUGCAAGAAUGACGAUUGGUUAUGCAUUAAUCAGCUUAAGCAUGGGAAUGCCAGUACUUUGAUUCUAUCCAUCCUGGUGGUUGCAAUCGCAUACAUACACACUGUCGACUUUUAUUCCGUAAUCCAUUCACAAUGCUGUCAGCGGAGAAAUACGGUUGGAUUUCGAUAACCUAUCUGGCGAUCUCAUUCUCCCUGUAAAAACCAUGCAAAUAUCAAGUGUAUUAUUGAUUCCACUAAUGUUGAAUAUCCCAUUAUCUUUUACACAAAGAAAUUUCCCGCUAGUUAAUAAUGAACCCUGUCCAUCUAUGUGUAAGUGUUCAAUAAAUCCAAUCAGCGAAAACAGCAGCGAUUCAAUGUUCAAUAUGCGCGGGAAAAUCAAAUCUAUGCAUAGGGAUGCGAAGAACUAUUUCUAUUAUUCCAUACUAGCAACCUGUUGGAUAACAUCUGAUCUUAUUUCUUUAGAUUGUACAUCGAAAUGGAGUGUUCUACACUUACAAAUAUUAAAUGAUGGCAAGGAAUAUUCUGGAAAUAUCUUGAAGCAUCCCAAAAAUGUUCAAAUUCAACCAUCACUGGAUUUAUUUCAAAAGUGUAAAUCAAUUGAAAGACUCGCCAUUUGGGAAAAUAAUCAAAUUAAUUAUUUGCCGAGUAGUUUGUUUAAACCAUUGAUACAUUUAACCCGUUUAAUUAUUCAAUUACCGACGCUACAUCAUUUACCUGAUCAUUUUUUAUUAUUUAUGCCAAAGCUAAACUUUUUAAUGAUUUCUAAAUCAUCCCAACUGAAACAAAUAUCGCAGAGAACAUUUGAACCAUGUCCAAGACAUCUGAAAACAAUAUGGUUGUAUGGGAAUGGAUUAGAGGAUUCUCUGACGGUGGGAUUAUUCCACGCUUGUGAUUUACACGAAUUAUGGCUGGGGGAGAAUAAACUUCAGAGGAUACCAGUGGGUAGUUUAAAUGGUCUGAUGAAUCUUAAACACUUAAGGCUGAAUAAUAAUCAGCUUCACGGUUCAUUGGAGGAGGUGUUCGGUGUGCAGGUGGCAGGAAUACGUAUACCUGACGAUAACGAAAGUCAUGUUGGCCAGUAUUCAGCGUUGAGUGAUGUGAGAAUGCUGAAAUUAUUAGAUUUAUCAUAUAAUAAAAUCAAAUCGAUUGAAGGUUACCAGUGGUCAAGUCUAUGCUCUGUUGUGCACAAUGAAGGUCUUUGUUAUCUGGAAGAACUUCGACUGGAACACAAUGAACUUGUCUACCUUGCGCCUUAUGCAUUUAAUGGCCUACCAAGAUUAAGAAAAUUAACACUUUCUGACAAUUUAAAGUUGUACACACCAGAAUCGAUUAUGAGUUUAACUCUAUCGUUGCACAGCUUAUCAUUCUCCACAAAAUACCUAAAUGAGGUAUUGAUUACAGUGAGAAGUGAUACACUGGAAGAGGGAGAUAGUAGUACUGGUACUGCUACGGCUACACUAAAUAUUUGUCAACCAAGCUUGCCUGAGUCUAGAAUGUUACUCCACAAAAUGAAUAAAUGGUUGAGAUCAAUCAUUCUUCAAAUAAAUCGUAACAGUUGUCAUAAACAAGGUGAAUGGGACAGGCAGCUGUCUACACAAGAGGCUGUCUACAACGUUGUCUCUGAUCAACCACCUUGUCUUUCAAAUACCAGUGGACAUAAUACACAAGUUCGGGAUAACAUCGUCUCAAAUGAAAAUGCAUCAAACCACAGUAGCACAAUUAUGUCUUAUGUGAAACAAUCAACAGAAAUGGAGUUGGCUUCAUUAUUUGUUGGUCUAAUAUGCUUUGGAGUUAUCCUAGGCUCAUCAGCUGUUCUCAUCACGUGGUAUUUAACCAAACCAAGAAAAUCAGCUGGUACACAGAAAUUUAAAGCAAUAACACAACAACAACCACACCGAAAACAAAAUAGACCCAGUGAAAAUUUUCUGCCGCUAUCUCAGAUUACUCCUCACCACCACCACCACCAACAACAACAACAACAACAACAACCAACUCAUCGAAAUGUAUUGCAUACUUCGAAUUAUAUCUAUCCAUAUCAUCAAGUGUGUUAUACGCCUAAUUUCCAAUCCACUGGUAGUUCAAUGGUUUCUCCAUUAGUCAAUCGUAAUUCAUGUUGUCAGUUGCCGCCUAAUAAACUGUUUCUUCAACAUAUUGGUGGCACUUCUUCAUCGAAAAUCAAAUUCGCCAAAUCUUUAUCAGCAACCUCUGCUGUUGUUCCAUCCCCUGGUAGGAUGACGAUGAGGAUGAAACAACCUGAUCUACUGCCAUUAUGUUCACCAACAAUGGAAACUAGUAUCAUUUCAGAAUCUGUAUAUAGUUUAGUAACACAGACAUCAUCAACUAGUAAAAUGAAAUGAAUGUGAUACAAGUAAAAAUCGAUAAGUUAAUUUGAAAAAUAAUCAAUAUCGAACACAUACAAUAUAAUUUAAAUAAAAAUAACAUGUUAAUAUUUUCAAUGAAAGAUAUAAGUAGGUUGUUUGUUUGAAUGGAUGAAUGAAUAUGCCAUUGUUUGAAUCACCUAGGUAACCAGGAUAUAUAUGUUAUUCAAACAAAGUGUAUCCGUGUGAAUUAGAGAUAGA